AUGGAGGUGGUGCGGACGCAGCAGGCCUCGAAGGAGCGGGGAGCCUUCGACGAGGCGGCUCUCACUGGGAUCCCUACCCAACCGAUGGCGCUCGCCGUGGCCCCACACGGCGCGGCCGGCCGCUGCGUGGAGGCGGCAGCGGGCGAGGUUGGCGAGCUGCUCGGCCUCAUCGAUAACGCCGACGUCACGCGCCGCUUCGACGGCUACACGGACCGUGCGGCGACGGAGAAGAAGAUCCUGCGCGACGUUGCGGCGGUCGGAGACCUCUACUUCUCGACGGGCGACCUCGUCCGGCAAGACGCGGAAGGGUUCGUGUACUUCGUGGCGGAGAUACUGAGCGCCGCUCCGGGCGUGAGCGAGUCGACAGUCUACGGCGUCUCUGUCGGCUCGCUCGAGGGCCGCGCCGGCAUGGCGGCGCUCGUCGUCGAGGCCGCAGCUUCAGCGUUGAGGCGCUGGCCCAGACCGUGGCGUCCUUACCCCGAGCUCACGGCCACCUUCAAGAUUCGGAAGGGCAAGUUGGUGGAGCAAGGCUUCGACCCGGCGGUCGUCAGCGACGUGUGGCUCUACGAGGAGGCGGCGGGGGCGUACAGGCCUCUGGAUGUAGAGCUGCACAGGCGGCUCGUAAGCGGGCAAGUAAAGCUCUGA